GGCGGCGAGGCCGGUGCCGGGCGGCGGAAGUGGCUACCGCGCUGGGACUGGUGUGUUUGUGUUUUGGUUAGAGAAGGAGCCGGCGGCCGGCCUGAGGGGAGGAGGGAGGAGGAGGAAGAUUUAGUGGGAACUCGAGCGCCGGCGGCGGCGGAGGAGGAGAAAGCAAAGAGGAAGGCGGAGCAGCGAGAGGCGGAGACGGAGACCGACGGAGGCGGCACCGCGGCAGGAGCCCCGCACCGUCCAGUCUGAGGGGAGCGGCGAGACGAGGAGACGCGCCGCCACCGCCGCCUCAGUCUCAGCCUCCUCUCGGGCUCCGCCUGGGACCUGCAGCCGGAAGCUUCGGCGCCGGGGCCCCGCGCGCUGCGGACUCAGGUUUCUCUACCUCCAGAAAGAAAAAUUGACACCUUGCAUCCUGGAAGUUCAUUUAAGAGACUGAAAUUAGGGACUUCUUUCAAAUUUGGGCAUGGCUAAUCGAGGAGCAACGAGACCCAAUGGGCCAAAUACUGGAAAUAAAAUAUGCCAGUUCAAAUUAGUACUUCUGGGAGAGUCUGCUGUUGGCAAAUCGAGCCUGGUGCUUCGUUUUGUGAAGGGCCAAUUUCAUGAAUUUCAAGAGAGUACCAUUGGGGCUGCUUUUCUAACCCAAACGGUGUGUCUUGAUGACACAACAGUAAAAUUUGAAAUAUGGGACACAGCUGGUCAAGAACGAUACCAUAGCCUAGCACCAAUGUACUACAGAGGAGCACAAGCAGCCAUAGUUGUAUAUGAUGUCACAAACGAGGAGUCCUUUGCCAGAGCCAAAAACUGGGUUAAAGAGCUUCAGAGGCAGGCCAGCCCUAACAUUGUUAUAGCUUUGUCAGGAAACAAGGCUGACCUCGCAAAUAAAAGAGCUGUCGAUUUCCAGGAAGCACAGUCCUAUGCAGAUGACAACAGUUUAUUAUUUAUGGAGACAUCAGCUAAAACAUCAAUGAAUGUAAAUGAAAUAUUCAUGGCAAUAGCUAAAAAGUUGCCGAAGAAUGAACCACAGAAUCCAGGAGCAAAUUCUGCCAGAGGAAGAGGAGUAGACCUUACUGAACCCACGCAGCCAACCAGGAGUCAGUGCUGUAGUAACUAAACCUCCAGUUUAAACUAACUGGAAUGUUCUUCUGCUUCCUAAUUGUUAAUAACAGUGGAAUUGGAUAACCAGCCCAGUAUGACUUCCAAAAAGAAGAGACUUACGAUAGUCAAGUUUCUAAUACAGAAUUAUUUUAAGUGUUUUGAACUUAAUUUUUAAUAACAUGCAUGUGACCCUCUGACUUAUGUUUCAGCAGUGAAAGGGGAAAAUGAGAGCUGUGUGUACACUUAUUUCCUUGGAAUGUUAGCGGGACUCAUUUCUCUUCACCAGGGAUAUAAACAGAUGACUUUGAACCCACAGUUAACCAGCCAGUUCUGUGAAAAAGAUUUGGAACUUACUCAUUUGGGCUUUUCAAAAAACAUUCUUUCUUUGGAAGGAGGUUCUAAAGAUAUUUAUGCUUAGCUACGAUAUUCAGGCCACCUGUAAUUUCUCUUAGUAUCCUUAUUUAAAGUACACAUUCCACAUUUUAACAAAUUAGCCACAAGGAAACAGUCCCACAUCUUCAGG